CCGUGGGGAAUACCAUACGGUAAAGAACAGGUGAAAAACCUGAUCAGACACGUUCUGAAAGAGAACAUCAAUCUCAAACCCAGAGGGCAAAAAGGAACAACAAAAUCCCUCUUACCUCUGCAUGCAGGAGUAGUUCGUUUGCUGAUCUACAACAAGUAUCUGAAAGAUGACAUGAUGGAUCAGCUAUCCAACUUGUGUGAUCUUCUUUGCCUGCCGAAGAUGCCACCACAUGAUUUCUUCCCUUUCUGGAAAGACUUUGCAGGCCCUUUGACUGAUAAAAAGAGUGUUGCAGAUGCUGUUGAGAUGUUGUGCAACAAUGCUAGACAACGCCAAAUUGAGAAGUGGGUCUUGGUCAUCCCUCUGAUUCACCUACUGAGAGGAGAAAGCAAACCAUUUGGGCCAGUUCCACCCGAACUGAAUCCAGAGUUUGAAUCCUGGACGGGUUUGAGUGGGAGCAACAGAGCACAUUCAAACAGGGAUCCUUAUCUUAGGAAUGUGAUCUGGACCAUGAAAGAGCAUGCGUACCUGGCAGACAUUGAUCGUCUUCUUGUGCACUCCUGGAUGUCUUUGCUGAAUGUGGAUGAGCUAAAAAGUUUCAUGUCCAGCGUGCGCGUGGAGCUCCUAGACAUUCUUCAUUACAUACAGUUCAGUAUAAAAACUGGGAUCAAUCACUCCAACUACAUGGCUUUGGAAGACCUGGCACUAUGUCUUAUCGACAGAGAAAGCCAUCGCAAUAAAGGUUUUGAUGAUAAACAUGGAGAGUGUUGCCUGAAAACUGCAGCAAGGCUUCUUGGUUCUAUCUGCCGUCACACAACAGAUCCAGGUCGCUGUGAUGUUCCUAUUUACUUCCUUGAUCUGGUCUGUCUCAUUACCAAGGCAUACGACCACACCAAUUCCCAGGCAAGAGAGAGAAUUCAUGAAGAGUCAAUAGGGGAGACACUGGAGACAGUGAGGGAAUGGCGGAGAAAAACCUUCAAAAACAAACUGCUCAAUGAUUGGAGGUGUUCCUUUGCUGUACUUGAUGAAAUCAAGGUAUGGGAGAAGUUACUCUCAAUAUCCUUCAGUCACAAGGAACACACUUCAUUCUGGAGAAGAACCUUCAUGGAAGAGUUUGAAGGAAAACUAAAACAAGAACAACCAGUGAAUCAAAUUGGAAUAUACUCAAACAAGAUGGAAGAACUGAGCAAGACAAGUCCACUGUUAUGCAACACAAUGGAGAAAUGUGCAUUGGAGGCAGUUGCAGCUGUUUGUCAGGAUAAAUCUGGCAGAGCUGUUUCAGCUCUAUUUGAGAAACAUGAUAUCACAAAGUUUGGAAAGCUGAUGUCUGUUGUUGUGAUGAAGACAUGGCCCACAGAUGCAAAUGGAAAAUACAUCGAAGGCGAGGAAUCAAUAUUUGAGUACCUUCUAAACUGGCCAAUGGCCAAAACUGUUUUCCAAAUGACAGGUUUAAGAGGAGGACUGACUGACAAAUUGUCCGAUGACGCACAAAUCAGGAUGACUUUGGCAACUUCAGCAUUCAAAUCUGUGUCAGAGAAGUUCCUCAGUGGAGAAAUCCAAAUCAAAACUUUAAAGCAAAUCCUCCAGAAAGAACAUGAAUUUCUUGACUUGCUGAAGAUCGAUGGCCUCUGUGAUGAUGGUCGAUGUAGAGAUGACAGUAUGAGAGAAUUACUGAAACUAAGAAAAGAAGAAGCAGAAGCUGUCCAUCGUGAGAAGGAGUUGGUCAAGGGUCUUCUUCAAAUCUGUCAGGAGCUUCCACAACAUGUCAAAGUUGACUUCAAUGGGUUGGACAAAAAACUGAAUCAGGACAUUGAGAUGAUGAAUCUGAGUGAAUUCAUGAAGGUUCACACUCUUUAUGGACAGACCUCUCCGACAGCUGGGCAGGUCACUUAUUUCAACCUUUGUGAUAAGACCCGUCAGAUGGCUUCAGAACUCCAUGCCAUUAAAGAAAGCUCAAUCUUCAAAAUGUGCUGGAUGAAUCAAGUGGAAGAGUUGUCAAGAGGCGAACCUGAUACAGAUACAGAUGACACUGAACAUCAUGGUGUCAAUGAAGAAAUCUACACUCUCGACCUGGUCUACAGUCGAAUAUUCCAAAACUGCUACAGCAAGUACAGAGAGCUUUAUGAUGGUCUGAAGAGUGGGGAACUGUUACUGGAGGAAAUAGACAGCCUCUUUGAGGACUAUAAGGGAAAGUACGAAGACUUGCGGACAGAUUUGUACAUCAUGUGCAGAACAAAUCCAUCUGACAACAGAAGAUGGAUCACAAGGAGGAUUCAGCAGAUUCAACAGUACCAUGAUCUUCAUCUUGCAAUGGAAUCUGCCAAAAUCAUUGAGGAUAUCAGGAAAACAAUAUGUCCAGAUGGAGACUUUAAAGCAUUGGAGAAAUUGCUGCAAAUGAAUCAAGCUAACUUCAAGAAAAACAACCUGAAUUACAUAGAUGAUACCUUCAUAAAGGCCAAAACGAUUCUGAUGGACAUUACGAAGGAUCGCAGGGAAUGUCUUCAGAAGCUCAGUCAGAGCGGAGAGUUUGUCCUAUGGGUUAAAGAAGAACUUAAAGAUAUCAGUGAGCUGAAAGUUUUUGUUGACCUGGCAACCAUCUCUGCUGGAGAAAAUGACCUGGAUGUGGAUCGAGUGGCCUGUUUUCAUGACGCUGUUCUCGGUUACUCUUCCAUGUUGUAUGGACUGAAGGAGGACUCUGACUUUGAGGCCUUCAAAGAGGCAUUGUCAAAAUUGUGGAAGGCAUUUGAAAAUGACAAAGAGAUACCAACGAAGCUGUGGGAUACAGCACGUCAUCUGGAAUGGUUAAAGACUGUUAAGGAAAGCCAUGGAUCUGUUGAAUUUUCAUCCCUGUCGCUGGCUACAUCCAUCAAUGAGAGAGGAAUAUACACCAUCAAGGGCCAAAACCAGAAAAAGCUUGCUUUAGAGACUUCCCUGAUGUUGCAAAUUCAGGAUGGACAUGAGAAAAACAUGACAUACACCUAUGAGGACCUGAAAGAGUUGCAAAAUAAGCUUAUGCUCAUGUCUGGAAGAGGGGAACAAAAACAGAGUGAAGUGGAACAUUUUGCUGAGGUGUUUGACAAUGUCCAAAGACUUGCCAAAGUAUUUGUAGACCUCUAUGCUGCAGGAAACCCACUAUUCAGGUGUUGGGAAGCAAAGAUUUAUUGCAAACCUCAGAGUGACCCAUGUAUCAUUAUGGACAUCAACUUUUGCAAGAUCCAGCAGCGCAUCCAGAUAUGCGGAAGUCUAGUUGAACAACUUACAGCACUGUCCGAGAAGAUGGAGUUGUUUCUUGAUGACUGGCGAAACUUCAUGGACAAACAGAGGUCUGAUCACUAUUACCUUAACUACUUCACAGCAGAACAAAUAUUCUACCUGUGCACUGUUGUGACUCCGACAAAUGUGAAUGCAGAUAUAGAGGACAAAGCUUUAAUGAUGCUCACUUUCAUCAAACCAAAUUGCACAACAUCAGAUGUCUGGAGCGCAUGGAGAAGGUUUCACAACCAAUUUGAUCCUGGAAAAAGGAUAAAUGGAGAUAUUGACUUUCGAAGUCACUUUCUUCACCAGGAAGACAGCAACAUGUCUUCAGCCAAUGAGAGUCAUUUUAUAGUCGAUGAUCCAGCACACAAGGCAGACGAGACUGUUGGUCUGAAAGAACUGGAAGAGUUGUGGAAUGGCUACAUCAAGAAUGAGGGAAUAUUUUUCCAUGACCUUUUGGAUGUUAGGAGUUUAGGGGAUCUGUUGAAAAUGAUGACUGUCACAGAAAACGAAACUGAAAAUGAAUGGGAAGAACCAGUGCUCUCAGAGUCAAAAGAUGAUUCUCUUAGAAGAAGUCUCCCAAAAGGCCUUAACCCAAACCAACCUAAUCUCAUAAUCUGUCCACAAGAUGAGGUCCUGACUUCAAGUAUCUGCUUGUACAUGACCAGUGACUAUCAGCCACUGCCAAGUUAUGAUGAGGUCCUCUUGUGUACCCCUGCAACAUCCUACGAGCAGGUAGAGCUUUUCCUGAGGAGAUGCCUCACACCAGGUGACAUCGGCCAGAAGAUUUACACAAUGCUUUGGGCGGACCAACUAACCUAUGAUGUUAGCUGUGCAAUGGAAAAGUGUUUUCAAAAACUGCGGUCAUUGUUUAAACAUGAUUACAGGCUAGUGAUCUUUUGCAGUUCUGACAGGGAGCACACUUACAUUCCUACUGCAUUCAGUCAGUUCAAAAGAGACUUUGUGCCACAAGAGUCAUUGAAAAGGAUUCAGAGGUACUUGUCCAGGCAUUACACCGUCCCCUCAGAUCACAAGAAUGCUGUGUUCAAAGGUGGCCAUUCUGUUGGCAUUGUUAGUUCCCAACGUGCAGGAGUAGGCAAGUCAUUGUAUGUCCAAAGAUUGUAUGAAAAGCUGGAGGGAAGUGUUGAACAAGGAACUGCAUUUAAGAAGUGCAUCCGACUAACCGAACAUGAGAUUGAUGACCACAAGGUUCUUCAGUCUUUGUAUGACACACCAAAGCAAAAAGACCUCAAGGUGUUUCACUUUGAUGUCACAUCCUCGGUGCAAAAAGGCUUGAAUGAAUUCCUAUUCAAGCUUUUCUUUUUGCGGUACCUGAUGGAUUCAGAUGGACAGAUGUGGCGCUGCAGCCACAAACACUUGUACAUCGUCGAGUUACUAGAAUCCACAAAUACUCAGCCCAGAUCUGGACAAAAGGAAAACUUUGCCUUCUCAGAUGUUUUUCCAAAGGUACUUUGUCGUGCACCAAAGGAUGUUAUGACUUUGGAAAUGAGGAAAGAGGAAAACCCUGACUUGGAGAGUGACGACCCUCUCAUGGAUGACGAAUGUUUCAGGAGUGAAGCUUAUCAAAGGCCAUACCAGUACCUCACGCGUUUUUACAACAAUACCAAUCUUGACAACUUUACUUACCAGGGCACUGAAGGGACUCAUGCAAAGUGUCUUCAGAUAUUCUUAUUCUACUGUGGCGUUCUCGAUCCAUCUUGGGCAGAGCUACGUAACUUUGUCUGGUUCCUUAAUCUUCAGUUGCAAGACUGUGAAAAUUCAGUCUUCUGCAAAUUUGAGUUGGUUGGAGACACUCUUCAAGGGUUCAAAAACUUUGUUGUUAAGUUCAUGAUCCUGAUGUCCAAAGACUUUGCAACCCCCUCACUAAACAUCACUGACCAGAGCCCAGGGAGACAACAAGUUGACAUCAGUGGGCUUAAUGAAAGAGACUUGGCCCCAUUCCUCAUCAGAAAAAGGUGGGAAUCCAAGCCACAUCCAUACAUCUUUUUUAAUGAUGACCGAAUAUCCAUGACUUUCAUUGGGUUUCACCUGAAGCCCAAUAACCAGAGGGGGGUUGAUGCCAUAAAUCCCUUGACAGGAGAGGUGAUAGAGAGUAACAUCAUGACUCAGGAGCUGUACACUGGCUUAAGACAUCAGAGAGUCCCUUUUAAUAGGAACUUUGAUCAGCUUCCUCGAGCUGACAAGAUUGAGCAUCUGUGCAGUGUGCUUGGCAUCAAGUGGCCAACAGAUCCUGAUGAAACAUAUGAGCUGACCACCGAUAAUAUUCUCAAAAUGAUGGCAAUCCAUAUGAGAUUUAGGUGCGGCAUCCCAGUCAUCAUAAUGGGUGAAACAGGAUGUGGUAAGACGAGGCUCAUCAAGUUUAUGUGUGAGUUGAGAAGGUGUGGAGCACCCACAGAAAACAUGAAACUGGUCAAGGUCCAUGGAGGAACAACAUCAGCAAUGAUAUAUGAGAAAGUGAGGGAAGCUGAACAUCUUGCAAGGACCAAUAAAGAGAAUCAUGAAUUUUACUCUGUUCUUUUCUUUGAUGAGGCAAACACCACAGAAGCCAUCAGCAGCAUCAAGGAGAUACUUUGUGAUAACUCUGUGCAGGGACAACAACUUGGCUCUCAAACAGGACUACAGAUUGUUGCUGCAUGCAACCCCUACCGAAAGCAUACAGACAAGAUGAUUGAAAGGUUGGAGACAUCUGGAUUGGGCUACCGGGUCAGGGCUGAGGAGACUGAAGAAAGGCUUGGCUCAAUCCCUCUCCGCCAGCUUGUGUAUCGUGUACAUGCGUUACCCCCCAGCAUGAUUCCUCUUGUUUGGGACUUUGGGCAGCUCAGUGACACAGCAGAGAGAAUGUACAUCAAACAAAUAGUGCAAAGAGAGGCAAAUGCCAACUCAAUUGCAAGUAGUUAUAUUCCAACUAUAACUCAAGUGCUGUCGUCAUCACAAAAGUUCAUGAGGGAGAGGAAAGAUGAAUGCAGCUUUGUCAGUUUGAGGGAUGUUGAGCGUUGCAUGCAUGUGUUUGUGUGGUUUCACAAAAAUCACUCCAUGUUUGCUGCGCAGCUGACAGUAUUCCUUCAAGAUGCAUCUCAGAAAAAAAACACAAAGAUGUCAUCGUUUUCACCUGCUCAUGACAGAGUAAUUUGGUCACUCUUGAUGGCCACUGGAGUGUGCUAUCAGUCCUGCUUGGAGGACAAAACGCCAUAUCAGAAAACCAUCAGCCCGUUGCUUCCUCGUGAAUACAACACAAAGAGAGUACAGCAGGAAAUCAAUCUCAUGCAGGACCUCCUACUCAACGGUGUACCCAUGGGGAAGACAAUAGCCAGAAAUGAGGCUUUGAAAGAAAACUUCUUCAUGAUGGUGAUCUGUGUUGAACUAAGAAUUCCCCUGUUUAUCGUUGGGAAACCAGGGAGCUCCAAAUCACUGUCCAAAACCCUAAUUGCAGAUGCGAUGCAGGGCCCUUCCUCUCAUUCUGAGCUCUACAAGAGGCUGAAGCAGAUACAUCUGGUGUCUUUCCAGUGCAGCCCUCAUUCAACUCCUGAAGGAAUCAUUAACACAUUCAAACAGUGUGCCCGCUUUCAGGAAAGCAAAAACUUGGAUGAAUAUAUUUCAGUAGUUGUUCUUGAUGAGAUUGGAUUGGCUGAAGAUUCCCCUAAAAUGCCACUGAAAACACUGCACCCACUACUGGAAGAGGGCUGUGUCGAUGAUGAGCCAGAACCUCAUAAAAGGGUUGGGUUCAUUGGAAUUUCCAACUGGGCACUGGACCCUGCCAAGAUGAAUCGUGGAAUAUUUGUGUCCCGUGGAGAUCCAAAUGAGAAAGAGCUCAUCAAAAGUGCUAAAGGGAUAUGCUCGUCUGAAGAAAUGGUUCGUAAAAAGAUCGAACACCUCUUUGAGCCUUUUGCAAAGGCAUAUAUGAGAGUAUGCAAAGAAGGCAGGGGCUUUUUUGGUCUGCGGGAUUUCUACAGUCUGAUCAAGAUGAUAUUUUCAAUUACCAAAUCAGGUAAUAAGAGACCCUCCGCAGAGCAAAUCACUGGAGCAGUCCUGAGAAACUUCAGUGGAAAAGAUGAUGUGAAUGUGAUGGGCAUAUUCAGCGAGGAACUCAGAGAUGACUUUGCCAAUGCCAACCUCACCACCAUUGAUUUGGUCAAGAAAAGUAUCUCUACAACUUGCCAAGGAGACGAAAGUCGUUACCUGUUGAUCCUCACAAAGAACUACGCAGCUCUUCAGAUUCUCCAACAGAUAUUCUCACUUCACAACAUCCAUCCAGAAAUCAUCUUUGGGUCUAGUUUCCCAAAGGAUCAGGAGUACACACAGAUUUGUAGGAACAUCAAUCGCGUCAAGGUUUGCAUGGAGACUGGACAAACAGUUGUGCUUCUGAACCUUCAGAAUCUGUAUGAAAGUCUGUAUGAUGCUCUCAACCAAUACUAUGUGACUUUGGGGGGUCAAAAGUAUGUUGAUCUUGGAUUAGGAACACAUCGUGUGAAAUGCAGAGUUCACAAAAACUUCAGGCUCAUCGUCAUUGAAGAGAAAGAGGUGGUCUAUGAGCAAUUUCCAAUCCCACUGAUCAACAGGUUGGAGAAACACUACCUUGACAUCAACACUGUUCUCAGUGAUGACCAGAAGGACAUUGCCAGACAACUUCAGGAAUGGGUUGACGAUUUUGUCUCCCUAAGUAGUCAACACUCCAUGCAAAAGCAAUAUGUUCCAAGUGAUGUCUUCAUUGGCUACCACUCAGACACCUGUUCCUCUGUGGUCCUGCAAGUAACAGAGAAUGAAGGUGCUGAAACAGAUGCUCAGACCAUGCUGCACAAAGCCAAAGACAUUCUGCUCAACUGUGCCACUCCUGACUCGGUUGUUCGUUUGGACAAAUCCAGGCUGCCUGAUGACGAAAGAGUACAUUUAAUGGAAAAAUACGUCCAAGAUGAGAUGCACAGUUCACUGGGAGACUACAUUGUCUAUCACACAAGGCAACUGGAACAGUCCCGCGUCUUCUUCACUGAGGUCACAACAUUUUCCAGGCUGCUGACUGCAGCAGACACCCAACAACUGCAGAAUGUGAUAAAGCUUGAUGAUAUCAAGCUACUAUCUCUGCAGCAGUUUGACACGGAGUAUUCGUUCCUCAAGAAAAUCAGGGAAUUCCUUGGCUCAACACCUGCAAACAAAGUGCUGAUCAUCCAAACAGACCAUGAUGAAGACUCCCACAGGAGGAACAUUCUUUCCUCAGCCAAGUAUUCAUGCAUCAACGAAAUAAAUAAGUGGGCCACUACUGAUGACACAAAGGCAUUUGUGUACUUUAUCACCAAACUUCCUCGAAUCGAGGGUGGGACCUCCUUUGUUGGGUUUCAAGGAGGUCUGUGGAGGUCUGUUCACAUUGAUGAUCUGAGAAGAUCAAAAGAGUUUGUGUCUGAUGUUCAUUCCUUGAAAAAACGACGCAUCAGUGAACUUUUUAAAGAUCCACCAGAGGCCAUGGAAACAGAGGACCACAAUGGUGUGCCACAAAAUGAUGACUCCGCUGUUUUGGGAGAUUUGUUUGAUAUAACAGAUCUGAUAAGGAGCUGUGUGCAGAGUGCAGUGAGCAUGCUCAGAGAUGCGGCAGACGGUGGAGAACUCAGCACUAACAGAGUUGAGAACCUGCUCACACUUCUGGAUGAAGAUCAGACACCAGGUCUGUUUACAAACAUUGUGAGGAAGCGGCUCCACUCACUGUUAGAGAACUAUGAGGCUGACACCCCUAAUCCAAAGGGCUGGGUUCUCAAGGAGGCAUCCAAUAUCAGCGCUCUUCAAGAGGGGGGAACGUUCCUACACACACUGUGGAGGAAAAUCCAAGCAGUUGUUACUCCACUUCUAGCCAACUUGGUGUCAGUCAUUGAUCGAGAUUGCAAUUUGGACCUUCUGCUGAAUGAGUGCAAUGACAUCAGGAACCUAUGGCUUGAGAUAUUUGGGAGCAAGGAGAUGCUCCAUGUACCUUACGUAAGGGUGGAAAGCAACUCUGGUGUCUUAAUGGUACAAAGCCAUAGCACAGGUGGCCACAUCAUGCGCUGCGUCAUGCCCUUCAGCUGGUGGAUCAAAGACUUCCUGGAUGGGCUCAUGAUUCAGACAUCCAGACAUGAAACUCAUUCACCUCGUCAAUUCCAGGAGGUGUUCUUGAACACUCCACUUGGCAGUUACAUUGCUAAUAAUGUGAAUAAAAAAAUGAAGAAAGAAUUCUUCCAGCGCUACCUGCAGGAUUUUGUUUCCAUGACGAUGAAAGUGGCAUCAGAUGAAGAAUUAAAGCUCUUGUGUCAGGCCCUGACCAGCUGUGUGGAUGAAGUACGGACACGGAGAAGAGAUGAAAAUGAGCUGUCUCUCUCUGACAUCCACAUCGCCUACCAUUUCUGCCAGAGCCGUCUUCAGAACCUCUCACGGAUGAUAUCUCUACAUCCGGAGGUUGUUUCUCCUUUGCGAAGAAAGCAGCUCAAUAGAGAUUGUCCAGAGAUGGUUUUGGAUGUCCAUGCAGCCAUGGCAUGUGUUGAAUGCCUGGAGCGUCCUACUUUAGAUACGGAUGCGCUCUGCCAGCAGUGGCUGAAGCAGGUGAAGAGGCUGCAAGCCUCUUUGGAUUUGAUUGGCUCUCAACACAACACCAGACAAUAUGGAGAGCGAUGCAAAGAAAGACUCCCUGGUGUCAGCAAUGGCUGGAAGCGCAUCCACAUCCUUUCAUUGUUUGUGGAACACAUGCUUCUGGGUCUCCAGAAUGACGAAAAUCAGCUCAGAACACUCGUCCUGAAUCACAUUCAGACCUUAAGCAGGGUUCUGGAGGGAAAUGCGGAUGUAAAAUCAAUGAAGGCUUUUCAAGCUGUAAUUAAAGUACUGAGGUCCUCUAAGCAGGGGGCAAGUGAUCAGAUUUUCAGGUUUGGAUUUCAGUGUGCGGUGUGCAUGAGGGAGCCUCAGGACCCUGUAGGGCUGCCAUGCCAUCACAUCUUCUGCUCAACAUGCAUCAGGGAAAGCAUUGAUGCAGGACAGACCUCCUGUCCCAGGUGCAGGCAGCGGUUACCAGAUAACUUUCAGCCAAACGUCUCCGAGGAUAUCAGGAUAUCUAUCGGGAAAAUUACAGAAUUCCGGCGGCGCUGCAAUGGUUUCUUCAUUGAUUUGCUCUCCACUGUGUGCUUCAAGGACAACACACCACCAGCCAGAGAUGUCAUCAACCAUCUGCUGUCCUACCUGAUGGUUGAGACAGAACAAAAACAGAUUUACACCAAAGAUCUGUCGCCUUUUGAUGAGUCCCCAGAUAAAAACCCAGUCGUGCGAUCUGUGAUCCUCAAGCUGCUGCUGAAGUUCAGCUUUGAUAAAGUCGAGGAAUAUUUGCAGCAGCAUUUGUCAUCAGUUGAAGAAAGCAGAUUUGUGGAUGAGGUGGACAAAGCAGAGCUUUACGCUUUGUACAUCAACUGUUUGGAGGAUUCCAUGUGGGAGAAAAUGCCUCAGGAGGGCAACAGGGCUGAACUGCUGAAGCCAUUUUACAAUGGUGAAACACAGUUCUUGCGCUUCUUUUUGGCUGAAGUCACUGCUGAUUCAGCAGCAGUGUCUAUUCAACAUCUGCAGCACAUUGCCCGAUUGCGUCUGUCCCUCACCAUGGCUGCCCACCUCAUCAGUGACAGACUGUCCGACAACAAUGUCCCAGAUGGAGCAGAAGAUUUCCUGAACAUGGUGAUUAAGCUCUGUGAGGACAGUGGGAACGAUUGGUACCGCGUUUACCUGAUCCGUAAGCUCAGCGAAUGGCAGGGUGUCAAGUUCGUCCAGACGCUGGUGAAACAACCAGAGUUCAGCUGGCUUUUCCCGACAGAGAUCCUCCAGCAGAAUGAAGACGGAGGCCAGAUGGACCAGUAUCUUGUGUAUGGAGAGGAAUACAAGGCGGUGAGGGAUGCAGUUGCCAAGGCAGUUGUGGACGGUGAUGUUGAGCAGAUAGAAGACGUCUGUGAGAGAUGCACCGCACCACCAAGGAAUCGAACACUGUUCAUCCUUCUGGCGCUUUUCCGAGAGGUUACCACUCUGUACAGAUCUGCAAAUACAGGUCUCCAUCCAACCCCUGAGCGAUGUCAAGCAUUUGGAGAGCUCAUCCAGGGCUCAACGUACCUACAUCAGAGAGCAGUAAGGGAUUUUGCUUCAGCCCUGGUUCAUAACAGGUUGGGAGACUUGUCCAUAAACCCUGGUCAUACCAUCCUGGACCACACUAUCAUUGAGCUGACCAUCCAUCUGGCAGCUGUGCUGCUCACUGGGAAUCACCUCCUCCUGAUGCCACUCAAGCAACUUGGUCUGUUUCCUGAAAACAUGCAGACGGCAUUUAUACCCACAAUGCCUGAUGACAUGUUAGCUGUUGCUCAGGCAGCCAUACAGCAAAACUAUGGGAACCUCACUUGGUAUGUAUGUCCAAAUAAUCAUCCGUGCUUUGUUGAUGAGUGUGGCCUGCCCAUGCAGAGAGGCAAAUGUUUGGAGUGUGGCGAGCAGGUUGGAGGGGUAAAUCAUUUCGCCGUGCUUGGAUUCAGACCAAUUCAGCUGCAGAAUGAUCGCACAAGGCCUGGCCACAUCCUGGGAGACCCUGAGCGGAGAAACAACCCAGACACCAAAAACAUGUCUCUGGGUCCGUUCACUCUGGUCAGGCUGGUUACACAUUUGGCCAUGUUGCUGGGAGCCUCAGAGAAGUCUCAGUUCGUUCAGACCAUCAUCCAGCCACCUGUGGAGGAUGUUUGUUUGUUUCUCAGUCAACACAUAAUAAAGGAUCUGGAUCAGCUGUCACAGGCACUGGGAGGAGGAGCUGACAACACUGUUACGACUGUCCACUUGGUGAUCAAAUCCCUGCAAGAGCUAGUGCCGGGCAGUCACUCUGGUAUUGAUCCUCGCCUAACAACCAAAGCAUCCAGAAACACCUGGGAGACUACUGUGGCUGCAGAUAUUAUGACGCCUCGGUUGAGGGAUCUUGAUCAUCUCCUGCAAGAGGCAAAGGAAAGCAUCAGGAUGGAUUCCCGUGUGUCCUCUAACUUCAUCAUGCGGACGACCUUCGGCGAUGAUUGUACCUUCCUGACGUCGCUGCCCCAGGGCUCUCAGGUCCACAGCUCACCGGUGUGGAGCUGCAGGGAGAGGCUCUCAUUGCUCAGCCUCACACACACUGUGGAGCAGUAUGACCAAAAGGAGGAGCUGCCUCUUCUCUGGAGGUUCCUGCAGAAGGAGAGAGAAUUUCGGCAGAUUAAGCUCCUUCCAGAGAUCCUAAUCCUGCAGAAACGCUUGGUGAGAAAAUUCCAGAACGCAACAGACCAGAUAGUGGGCUCCAUUGGAGAGUUCAUUGAGAGGCAGACAGAAAUGAGGGCAUGGUAUGAGAAACACAUCGACGUCUUCCUGAAAACAUGGAAUCUGCUCAGAGAGUCUGUAACCAGUAGUGAGCUGAAGAUCCCAGAUGAAUUUUGCAGCAAGGAUUUGGACCUGACCAGCGACUUGCAGUACCUCCUGCCCCGGCGUCAGGGUCCAGGCCUGUGUGCCACAGGGCUGGUCAGCUACUUGGUGGCUCUACAUAAUGAGCUGGUGAACGCUGUGGAUAAACACACUGGAGAGGACAGCAGCAGUUACAGGGUGAGUGUGGCAGAGCUAACGGAGCAGCAUGUGAUCCGCUAUGAGCUGGAGAAGGACCUGCUUCCUCUGGUUUUAUCCAACUGCCAGUACAGCUUGGAACGCGGCCACGAGACGAUAUCACAGUAUGACCUGUCCAGGAUCCAGCAGCAGAUCCUCACCCGCUUCCUGCAGGGAAAACCCCUCAUCACCCGCACAGGGAUCCCCACGCUGGUCAACACACAAGAAAGAGACUAUGAAACCAUUUUCAAAGCUGUCAAAGGAAAAGUACCUCAGGCCGCUCUGUCCUCUCUGACCCGGAAUGCCCUGUCCAGAGAGCUGCACUCCUAUAGCGAGGUGUGUGAGGCGCUCAAGAUUGCAGAGCUGAUCCUGGGUUUCAUCUCGAUGACUGGUGGUGAUCCCACGAUGCCGCUGGUCACUUACCUCCACGACACUCUGAAGAUGGCCGACCACACAGAUGGCCAAGUAUUGCAGGCUCUGGGCAGAUGUCACCUCAGACACUGUGUUUCUCUGUGGCAACUCCUCUCCUCCCUCAAAUCUGAACACAUGCUGCCUCUCAGGAGGGAGCCCUUUUCGGGAUAUCCAGCUGAGUAUCUGAUGCCGCUGACGGAGGAAAACAAGAUUGAUCUGAGAGGCUUCGUGGUCAGGGGAAACGUGGACCAAUGGCUGCUUGAGAUGCACGAGUUCCUCCUGUUGAGUCUGGGCCGCCUACGGGCCACCGACAACUUCAACCCAUCCUGGAGUGUGAAAGAGACGGUGGGUGCCUACAUGGACCGGAAAGAAGUUGAGGUGCCUCAUUACGUGGAGGAGACGUUUCCUGAAAAUCUGCUGCUGUCCCAGAUUGUGGAGACCUGGAAAUACACAGUCUCAGUCAAACACGACUGGAUGAGGGAGGGGUGAACCGGAGGAGUAUGGAGAUUUGAGAUGAGAUUUGAGUUUUUCAGUUUAAUUUUUGAACAACCAAAGAAGUUACAUUUUAUUUUGUCCUUUACAUGUUUAUAUUUUUAUUUUUUUCUGUGAUAAUUACGUAUGAAAGACUAAAAAUGUAACUUUAUGGCUCUUUUAAAUGGAAUGAAACAACCAACUAUAUUAUAAAUCAGUUGAAGAAUUACUGUGUGAGCCUCACUCAAACAAAAAUGCAUUCAGGAAAUGUGUGACUUUGAUUAGUAUAUAUUGUGUAACUGUUUUAUAUUAUCUGUUUCAGGAUUACAUUUUUGUGCUAAAAUAUAUUUUACUAUUGACCACCACAAUCUGAUAAUGAGGGUAAUGAAUCUGCACGGUGGCACUAUAAGCAAGCACAGAAAAAAUGUGAUACUAAUGUGAUACACAUUUUUGCAUUUUAUUUUAUCUUUUUUUUUAUCUCUUUUAUCUUUAUCUCUUAUAGGUUUAAGUAACUGAUUGUUUUGAUUUGAGAGAAUUUAAUUGAUGUUUUUGAUUUAUCUGAUUUAUUUUUGCUCCAUCUGGUCAUGUUAAAGGGUGACAAGCUCUGGAAAAUGGUCAUAGGGUGUGACAUCACCCAUGAGUGACACCAGGGAUGUUUGAAAGCCUGGAUAUGGGUGUGUUUCCUAGUUUUAGAAAAUCUAAAUAAGGAAAUUGGGAGCAAAAUGUCUCCAAACUUUUUAAGACAAUUUUUAAAAUGUCAAAUAAUAAAUAAUGCGUGUCAUGAGAUUCCAGUCAGUUUCACAAUUGUACAUUUGUGAGCUGGAGUUCAUAUUUCUAUUUUCUAAAUGAAUGAUUACUAAGUUUGGAAAUUAUUAAAUUUGUGUAAGUGAUCAAUGAAUCAUUUUAUAUAUAUGUAUGUGCAGCCUGUGACAUCAACAGCCGUACUGUUUCGAGUGUAAACUGAUUUUCACUCAGAAAGGAAAAAGAACAAUCAGGUGCUGUUAUAUGAAAUUCUUUUAGCAUAUUUUAUAUUUUUUAUUUUUUAUCUUAUAUCAUUGUUGGGUAUUUUUAUUCUGUUUUAUUUUUAUCAUCUGACUUUAUCUGCCUGAUUGUCCUUAAAAUAUUUUAUACUUUAUUCAACCCUGUUUUGACUUUGUCUUAAAAAAUGCUGAAUAAAUAAAGUUUAUGAUUAUCAUAUGAAA